GGCUGCUGCAGAGAAAGGCCAGAGUGACCCGGACAUGCAACCGGGGCCUGUUUUUGUGACUGCAGCCUCCUUCCUGUAGCCCGGUUGAGGAAGUGAAUUUCGCUGACAGGGCUGGGUUCAGAGAGGGAGACGCGAACAAAACAUCUUCAUCACGGCUCUCAAAAAACAUCAAAGCAACAAGAGACAAAAGGAGCGACCUGUUAAACCAUAGUAAAGUUAGGGUGUACACUCAUCGGUGAAGUCGUGCUCUCUCCUGCCCAGCUGAGACCGCCGCAGACAUGAAUGACCAGCAGCUGGAUUGUGCUCUGGACCUGAUGAGGCGUCUGCCUCCUCAGCAGAUCGAGAAGAACCUCAGUGACCUCAUUGACCUGGUGCCCAGUCUGUGUGAGGACCUCCUCUCCUCUGUGGACCAGCCCCUAAAGAUCGCACGAGACAAAGUGGUGGGGAAAGACUAUCUGCUCUGUGAUUACAACCGAGACGGCGACUCCUACAGAUCCCCGUGGAGUAAUAAGUAUGAACCUCCCAUUGAAGACGGUGCAAUGCCUUCAGCCCGCCUGAGGAAACUCGAGGUUGAGGCAAACAAUGCCUUCGAUCAGUACAGAGACCUGUACUUUGAAGGUGGGGUUUCCUCCGUGUACCUCUGGGAUUUGGAUCACGGCUUUGCAGGAGUUAUUCUCAUUAAGAAGGCUGGAGAUGGAUCCAAGAAGAUCAAAGGGUGCUGGGACUCCAUUCAUGUGGUGGAGGUGCAGGAGAAGUCCAGUGGUCGUACCGCUCACUACAAACUCACCUCCACUGUCAUGCUGUGGCUCCAGACAACGAAAACUGGCUCCGGUACCAUGAACCUCGGCGGCAGCCUUACAAGACAGAUGGAGAAAGACGAGACGGUUGGAGAGUCCUCACCCCACAUCGCUAACAUCGGCCGCCUCGUUGAAGAUAUGGAGAAUAAGAUCCGCUCCACACUGAAUGAAAUCUACUUUGGGAAGACCAAGGACAUCGUCAACGGCCUGAGGAGUGUGCAGACUCUGGCUGACAAGUCAAAGCAGGAUGCUCUGAAGGUCGACCUGAUGGAGGCGCUCAAACGCAAACAUAACAGCUAGAGAUGCUACUGUUGUUUUCUUCUGUCUCUCUGUUUCUCUCUCUGCCUCAUCCCUGCCAUCUUUUCUCUGUUUCUUUAUGUCUCUUCCUCCAUGCCUGUUUCAGUGCUGCACUCUUGUUUAUUUGUGGAAAAAUAAAAAAGGAGAAAUGCUUAGCUUUUUUUUUUCUUUUUCUUUUUUGUCUGGUUGUUUUCAUGCAUCUCAUCUGCCAUGAAGCCAUUCACUCACGCUCUGUUUGUCUUCGCCCCUCUUUUUUUCUCUCUCUGUCUCUCUCUGUCUCUCUCUCUCUCUCUCUCUCUCUCCCCCCCCCCCUCCCUCCCAUGUUAUGAAUAUGAUAGUAUUACCACGGUUAAUGAUAAUCUCAAGGGUCACUCUAAUAAUAAUCCCUGAUGUUCUCACAGCUGAUAUGUCCUCAGUCGAUUUGUAACGAGCGACUCUGGCCCUGCUCUUCCUCUGUGACGAGGACACAGACUGUGCAGUAGGUGGUGGAGGCUUGGCAGUGGUGUCAUUAUGUUCAUCAAAUUAUAUUCUUGCAUCUAUCUUUUUUUUCCUAUGACACCCCCCCCCCACCUGACCCAAACCCAAAUAUAUUUGUAUAGAAUUAAAACUGUCCAUGUAUAUCGAGUGGUUAUUCUUCUGGGUGAUAUAAACGGUGCAAAGACGAGGGCGGCCUUUCUGUGUGAGCAAGAACGUUUUUACACUUUAUUUCCACUCUGUCCACAUGCAUGAGAGCCUUUGUGGAGCUGCAGAGGGUGGAAAUGAAAACUUCUCAAACAUAGGGAUGGACUGUUAUUAUCGCCAGGUACACCCUCGUCAUAAUCAACUCCCCUCACACACACACACACACACACUGUAUAACAUGACAGUUUGCUUCCCCUUUGUUCAGCCUGUUAACGUCUUCUCUAUCCUCACCUAUUAUGUCUUUGUUGGGGGUCACAGUUUGUCUUGGUGUCACAGUGGAAACCUUUGUUUCCAUUUUGGAGGGGAAUCUUUGUUGUAUUUUUUUUGUUUGUUUUUAUUUUGUAAAGCUUAUGACUCAUAUUGUAUUAGAGCCUCCAGCAACAAUAAAAAUUGUAAAAAGCUA